ACGAUUCAGAAGCAUCAAACCUGCUUCUUCCCGCAUUGCUUCACUUGAUUCUAUUGAGACAUUGUGGGUUGACAUUUCCCUUCUUUCAUUUAUCAAAAGAAUUGUCGAAUCGAAAGAAAGAAAGAAAGAAAGGAGGAAAAAUCGUGUGCUGAAUUUACUUUCAGAAACUUUAUAUUUUGUGGAUUUUAAUAAUCCAAGAACAGAAAACUUAAAAAAAAAAAUGAAUGUGUUACCUCAGACCGGUUAUCCUUUCCCCCCGGGAUUUUGGCCAUUCGCAACUUGUGCCGGGAUGAAGACAAUGGAUUUACCCAUCCACCCGGCUUUCAUCCACACGCCGUAUCCUACCUACCCAAUCCAUUCAUCCGCCACUAUUCCACACAUGAUCCACCCGGGGAUUAGAUCCAAGGCCGAUUCCUUUACGAUAGAUGCAAUUUUGAACAGAGACAAAUCCGACAGUGUGUCCAGAAAAUUAAAAUCUCCGAGUUAUCUUGACAGCGAGUGUGGCAAGGACUUGGACAUUCAUUCAAGACGCCAUCAAAGACUUUUUGCGAAUUCGCAUCCCUAUCUGUCUCCCUCUGAAAAAUCCAACAGCGACCGCUCAUCUGUAAAAAGUCCUGAAAUAUAUGAUGAUGAUCAAAAGGAAGAUAAAAAAUUGGACACAAAACAAGGUUGGAAACAGGGUAAAGGGAAGCGUGUGAGGACAAUUUUCACCCCCGAACAACUGGAAAGAUUGGAGGCUGAAUUUGAGAAACAACAAUAUAUGGUUGGAACUGAAAGGUAUUAUUUAGCAUGCUCCUUGAAUUUAACGGAAGCCCAAGUCAAAGUAUGGUUCCAAAACAGAAGAAUAAAAUGGAGGAAACAGACCUUGGAACAACAACAAGCAAAACUUGCGCGAUUUGAUUUGUUUAAGGAUUCUGUAGAAUCUGAAUCCGCCUACAGUGAUUCUGACGAUGACAAUUCUAACAAAGGGAGUAGUUUUCCCACGUCUCCGGAUCAGCGAUGCGUGACGGCAGAAGUUCCAUCAACUGCUUACACUCCCCCGUACUAAGAUAUCUGCUGUCGUUUCUGUAGUGUUUUUUAAAAACAUGAAAUAAUUUAUUUUAUCAGUAUUAUGCGAAAACGGUCCUAAAGUGAGCGAUUUCAUGUAAACAAAUGACUUAGUGGAGUAACAGUGUGAAAAUUGGGUGUGUGUGUGUGUGUCAGUGUUUGGGUGUGAACGUGGGUGUUUGUAUUGUUGCUUUCUUUUCAAAUUCAGCUUUAGUGCUUUCAGAGCUAGUUCAUGUAUCUUACAAACAGUCCAACAUAGUUUGAAUUGUAUAUACAUAAUGAAGGCUUGAAUUUUGUAAAUAGAUCUUAUUUAUUUUU